UGCUCUGCCACCCGUUUCCUCAAGGAGGGAAAGAUGUUGGCUGCUUUCUCUUGAAGAACAAACUGACAACUAUUGAACAAGGUGUACAGCUGCUUGUAGAAAUGGACCUUCUGCUGCUGCUUCUGACCCUCUGUUGGAUCAAUUCAGCCAAUGCGAAUGAGAAGAGCUACUCAGACAACAUCACUCGCAUUCUAGACCGACUCCUGGAUGGUUAUGACAACAGGCUGCGACCGGGAUCUGGAGGGGGUCUCACUGAGGUGAAAACCGACAUCUUUGUCACCAGCUUUGGGCCGGUUUCAGAUGUUGAGAUGGAGUACACCAUGGACAUGUUCUUCCGUCAGAUGUGGGUGGAUGAGCGACUGAAAUUCGAAGGUCCCAUUGAAAUCCUGCGACUGAACAACCGCAUGGUUGACAAGAUCUGGACUCCGGACACUUUCUUCAGAAACUCCAAGAAGUCCAUUUCCCACAACAUGACCACACCGAACAAGCUUUUCCGAAUCAUGCAGAAUGGGACGGUUCUCUACACCAUGAGGCUCACGAUCAGUGCUGAGUGCCCAAUGCGACUCAUGGACUUUCCCAUGGAUGGUCACUCUUGCCCGCUAAAGUUUGGAAGCUAUGCCUACACAAGCAGUGAAAUAGUGUUCACCUGGAGGAAGGGGCUUGUUGCGUCUGUUGACUGCCCAAAAGAGUCCAUGAGUCUUCUGCAGUAUGAUCUGGUGGGGCAGACUUUGUUCAGCGAGAUCUUUAAGUCAAACACAGGUCACUACUCUGUGCAGGUGGUCCAUUUUCACCUCCAGAGGAAGCUGGGCUAUUACCUCAUACAGACGUACAUCCCCCUCAUCAUGGUGGUCGUGCUCUCGCAAGAUAUCAAGGACCCCAGCAACAUGCCUCUGGUGAAGGAGACCGUGGACAGGCUGAUGAAGGGAUACGACAUCCGCUUGAGGCCAGAUUUCGGAGGUCCCCCGGUGCGGGUGGGAAUGAACAUAGACAUCGCCAGCAUAGACAUGGUGUCUGAAGUCAACAUGGACUACACAUUGACCAUGUACUUCCAGCAAGCUUGGCGGGACAAGCGUCUCUCCUACUCUGAGAUUGCCUACAACUUGACACUUGACAAUCGAGUGGCUGACCAGCUGUGGGUCCCAGACACGUACUUUCUCAAUGACAAGAAGUCCUUCGUCCACGGCGUCACUGUCAAAAACAGGAUGAUCCGUCUCCACCCGGAUGGCACCGUUCUUUAUGGACUCAGGAUCACCACAACUGCAGCGUGCAUGAUGGACCUGCGCCGGUACCCUCUGGAUGAGCAGAACUGCACUCUGGAGAUCGAAAGCUAUGGUUACACCACAGACGAUAUUGAGUUUUACUGGCGCGGCGGCGAUGGAGCAGUGUCUGGUGUCGACAGAAUAGAGCUCCCGCAGUUUUCUAUUGUCGAUUAUAAACUCAUCUCCAAGAACGUGGUCUUCUCCACAGGUUCCUACCCUCGCCUUUCCCUCAGCUUUAAACUGAAGAGAAACAUUGGUUACUUCAUCCUGCAGACAUAUAUGCCUUCCAUCCUGAUUACCAUCCUCUCCUGGGUCUCCUUUUGGAUCAACUAUGAUGCCUCGGCUGCCAGAGUGGCCCUGGGGAUCACCACGGUGCUGACCAUGACCACCAUCAACACGCACUUGCGGGAGACGCUGCCAAAGAUCCCCUAUGUGAAGGCUAUAGACAUGUACCUGAUGGGCUGCUUUGUGUUUGUCUUCCUGGCCCUGCUGGAGUACGCCUUCGUCAACUACAUCUUCUUCGGCCAGGGUCCUCAGAGACAGAAGAAGGCGGCCGAGAAGGCCGCCACCGCCAAUAAUGAGAAGCUGAGACCCGAUCCCAACAAGAUGACUCCCGACGACAACAUCCUGUUCAGCACUCUGGAGAUGAAGAACGAAAUGGGCGGCGCCGGGGAUCUGUCCCGAGGCCUGGGAGCACCCGGGGACCCGCGCAACACCAUGCUGGCCUACGACAGCUCCACGCUGCAGUACCGCAGGGCAGCCAUGGCCCGCCAGAACUAUGGCCACAGCGCCCUGGAGCGCCACGCCCAGAAGAAGUCGCGCCUACGGAGACGGGCCUCCCAGCUCAAGGUAAACAUUCCGGACCUGUCCGACGUGAACUCUAUCGAUAAGUGGUCCAGGAUGAUCUUCCCCACCGUCUUCUCCUUCUUCAACGUGGUCUACUGGCUCUACUACGUCCAUUAAACCCGGAGGCGUCUGGUGGUCAUCCCGCAGCGUUAAACACAGGGGGAGGAAGGAGGAUUUAAGAGAGAGAAAUCAAGCGUGAGGUGAAACAGUGCACCAACUUUUCCAGCUGGUAGCUUUUGGAGAUGGCGUGGGGAACGCAGAGACUUUUGGAUGGACUGCAGCUGCACCCAACACUUCAGUCAGCAAUGACUCUUUCAGGAUCUGGUCUACACCUUAUUACCACUGACAGACACUCAAAAAAAGAAGAGUUUUAAAAAGACAAAAACGGUGCCUGUUCCAGAAUUUCAAUAUAUCACUAAUAUUUGUCAUUCGUAGCUUACUCUCUGUGGAUCAAAUAUUUAUGCUUGUGUUUGCAUAUACUUUAAGACUUUGUUUUGUUUAGUAUCUAUUUACUUCGUAGCCGAGCUGUCUGCAUCCAGGAAAGCUUUAUAAAUGAUUUUCAAGGAGUCAUCCUUAUAGUCUAUUUUCCUAUAAUUACUGUAUAUCAAAAACAUCCUUUAAAAGCAUGCUUACUUUUGGUUUCAUUCGCAUCCGGGUCGCGAAGACACUGAUGGAGCGGCUUUUUUUGUUCUAUAGUAAAAACCUAUUAUAACUAGCCAACAGCAAGCAGUAACCAUUUCGCCGCUUCGGCUGGAGCGCUGCUGGACAACACCACGUGGACCGAAAGGGGGGCGCUCUUCUCUCUGGACACGAGACGCUCUCUCUUUCGUUGAAGGCCCCUCACCGUCCGGCAGAGGAGCGGGACCCUUGGACUCCGGCGCUUUACCUUCUCGUCUUUUGCUGUGCUGACAGAGUCGCCACCUGUUAUUUUUUUAAAGAGAAUAUUUGACUUUCUGCUGCCAUCGUGUGAAGAGCUUUAGAGGUGGAGAAUGGCUUUAACGUGUGUGUACCAACCGCUGGUAGAUACAUCCAGUUUAGGCCCUUUUCAUCGCAACCACUGUUGCUGCAUAAAUAUGGCAAUCCACAAUCAUUAUCAGUAGAAAUGAAUGAUAGAAGUAUGUUUCAUUGUGGUUAGGUUUCUGUUUUGAGAACUGUAGAUAAACAUAAAUCAUAUUUAAAGAAAAAGAAAAGAUUCAUUUUUAUAAACCAAUACUCACAUUAUGUGUAAAUAUUAUGAAUUUACUCUAUUUAAAUGGGUCUCUGUUGUUGUUUUUGCAGUUGAAUUCAAGAUCAAAUGUUCAUUCAGUCAAAAAAAAAAAAAAAGGAAAACGCAAUUUAACGGAGGAAAACAGAAAAAAAACAGCAUUGACAAUUUUGCUGACGAUGUACUUUUGGGACUUUUCUCUCUUUUAUUUCUUUUUAACGGACUCUUAAAGCACCUACUUGCUGAAACUAAAGCACUUCCAGACACCUGUGAAUUUUGGGUCGAUGUUUGGUUCUCCUGAAACACAGUAACAAGGAACCCGCUAUAUCCAGGCAUUGAAGUCAGGCGUAUUUUGUAUAAAGUUUAUGUAAAUUCCAAUUGUAAUAUUUCAUAAAGACUGUAAAUAUAUUGUGUAAUGAUUGUCAGCAAUUAUGAAGAUGUAUCUAAAUUCAAUUAAAAACUUAAUUCAGUCUAUCACUUCAAUGAGGGGAUGCUUGUUCUGUUUGUCCUGGGUGAGUGUGCGCGUGCGCGUGCGUGCGUGAGACCGUCCGCGCUUGUGGCUGCAUAAUAGAUGGAGGAGAUGGGCGUGCGCCUCUGGGGACAUUAACGCACGGAGCCGUGGAUAUGGACACACUUGCCAGCUCCUGGAGCAGAGUGCAUGCUCCAAAAAAAGACAGGAAGUGGAGG